AUGCAAACUGUCUUUGUGAAGGAAGUCAGCAACAGUGUUAAGAUUAUUGGUCAUGAUACAUCAGUCAUAAAAGGAGGAAAUGUCACAUUGUUUUGUAACCUGACUGAGACAAAAGAGAAUUUCACUUAUAUCGUCUGGCAGAAACAGACAAGAGGAAACCCUGAAAAGGAAACCAACAAAGACCAUAAAACCGAACACAACCAUUUACUGGACAAGGUCAAAUUUAUUGGGAAUAUUAAAGAGAAGAAUGGAUCAAUUCAGCUCCUGGGAAUGACACUGCAGGAUGAUGGGAUCUAUACUUGCAUCUUCAUAUUUCCCAGUGGAAAAAAUCAGACAAACAUCAAUAUCACGGUACUUGUUCCUUCGGUGGGGAAGGUGAUAGGGAGGACACAUGUUUCGGGUCAUUUCGACAAAAUUUUGGCAUCGUGUGUUGCUCACAAUGGCCGGCCUGCAGCAGAUGUGUUUUGGAGGUUAAGUGCUCUGAAUGACUCACUGAGAACAGAAACCAGCUACACAGAGCACAAAGAUGGAAGUGUCACGGCUGUGUCCCACAUACUUGGUGCACCAUCUAAGUAUCUAAACCAGAAGAAGAUCCAGUGCGUGGUAAAACACAGCACACUGACAAAGGAACUAGAAGUUGACUACGUAAUAAAUAUCCACUAUCCUCCAGAAUUGGUGGAGAUAUCUCCUGACAAUCCAACAGAGACUCAACAAUAUCUUUGUUCAGUGGAUUGUAACCCAACACCAACCAGCUUCAUCUGGACCAAAGUAAAGGGAAGUACUCUACAUUCUGACAGCAACAAGCUUUUUGUCCCAAAAUCGUCCUCUGAUUUUAAUGGUAUAUACAUCUGUACGGCAUCAAACCAGUAUGGAAGUGCUUCAGGUUUCCUCUAUGUACAUAAGCCUGGAUCCGCUGAUGACUGUUGGUUUCCUCUUGGUUUGGUCUUCAGCUGUGCCGUCCUGUGGUUUUUUUCUGGUCUACGUAUUGAGCAGUGA